GUUGCCAACCGCCAAUAAAAACCAAAAAGAAGAAGAAGAAGAAGAAGAAGAAGAGCUCAUGGAUCGAUUCGUCUGGUCUUAAACUUCUAGUUUCUGUUUUCCACAUGAGCAGAGGCUUGUUUUUAUACUUUUAAACACUUUUUUGUGUGCUCUUCUGGGCGGAUGGCCGGUGAAAGAUUAUCUUAUCCGGAGGACUUGGACGUUCCAGCUGUGGUCACAGUUCGCCUCAUCAGGUCGUUUGAACAAAGAAACUUCAAGCCUGUGGUGUUCCAGCAGGUCAGCCUUAACCAGACCGUGCAGGACUUCAUGCGCUGCGUGAGAGACGAUAUUGCCGCAAGGGAAGGUCUUCCUCCUCCUUUCAGAAAGUAUGGAUACGACACUAUGAAGAUUAUUCAUCAAGCUCACGGUUCAAAGACAAAUGAGCUGGUAAUGAGUUUGGAUGAUGAUGAAAAGUUAAUUUUACAAGAUGACCGAACCCUCAAAGCUGCUGGAGUUGCUAAUGAAACAGAAGUGGGAUUCUUCAGAAAAGAAGAUUAUGUUUUCUAUAAAGCAAACCCCAAAUCAAAAUGGUGAGCAAACAGUGGAGGUUUUCAGCUUGGUUCUUCCUGGAACCACAGCCAGAAUAACAACAACCAGGACUUUCCAUUGUGAUGUAAACAUGUGGGUGUUUUUUUUUUUAGUUGAAGGUUUGACACUGACCUGUUGUGUCCCUUUAUUAAUAUGUCUCUGAUGCAUGUUACCAUUGAAAUGUAUAUGUUGUGAUUAAUUUAACAAAUAUGUUAAUAAACUUUGAAUAACUGUUUUUCA